AUAAAGGGAGGGAGGGGGAGGAGAGGCCGAGUCCAAACCAUCACCACCUAUUGCCAUUGUAACAACUGCUUCUAUUCUUCCUUCCAUCUAAAACCCUUCUACUUUCUAUCUUCUUGGCACUUGUCAGAUCUAUCUGCUACAUGGCAAAGAGUAUGGAGGGAAUCAAAUAUGAAGAGGAAUUCAUAUUGAAUCCUCGUGGAUUGAAGCUCUUUACAUGCCGAUGGCUUCCUGAUAACCGAGAACCGAAAGCUCUGAUCUUUCUAUGUCAUGGAUAUGCCAUGGAGUGUAGCAUCUCAAUGAAAGGUACUGGGACACAGCUCGCUAAGGCGGGAUUUGCAGUCUAUGGGAUUGACUAUGAGGGCCACGGGAAGUCCUCUGGAUUGCAAGGCUACAUCCGAAGCUUUGACAGCCUUGUGAAUGAUUGCUCUGAUUAUUUUACGUGCGUUUGUGAGAGGAGAGAGAACAAAAUGAAGAUGAGAUAUUUACUUGGUGAGUCCAUGGGAGGAGCUGUGGUCCUUCUUCUACACAGGAAAAAGCCGACCUAUUGGGAUGGAGCAGUUUUGGUUGCUCCUAUGUGCAAGAUUGCCGAAGAAAUGAAACCUCAUCCAAUAGUCAUCAAUGUUUUGACACAGCUUAGUAAGAUCAUUCCAACUUGGAAGUUAAUUCCCACACAAGACAUCAUCGAUAGCGCCAUCAAAAAUCCAGAAUGGAGAGAAGAGGUUCGCAACAAUCCUUAUUGCUACAAGGGGAAGCCUCGCCUCAAGACCGGCUACGAGCUUCUUAUGGUUAGCUUAGACAUUGAAAAGAACCUACACCAGGUGACAUUGCCAUUUAUAGUGGUUCAUGGAGGUGAUGACAUUGUUACCGACCCAUCGGUGAGCCGAUCCCUCUAUGAAACAGCAUCAAGCAAAGACAAGACCUUCAAUCUCUACCCAGGGAUGUGGCAUGCACUGACCUCAGGGGAGCCUCAGGAGAGCAUCGAUCUGGUGUUCUCAGACAUCAUUGCAUGGCUUGAUGAGAGAGCAAUGCCCUCUACUUCAAGAUCAGAAAGAGAAUAUAAGGCUGGGAAUGACCCAAGAGUCGUAGCUUCACAUGGCGAGAAAGCAACAUGUUAACGACUCUGCUGAAGGACUGAUGCCAUUAAUAUGAACUUUCGUGUUACGUCAAUGGCGUUCCACUCGCAAAGAUUUCUCCGGUACUCGACUAAUCUCAUUCAUGACAGUCUGAUUGAGAAUUUCUUGCGGACUUGUUCAAGCAGGAUUGCCAAGAUCUAGCUGGGAUGAUGGUGAUGGGGGUGUAGGAAAGGGCUAGCUUUAUUAGUUUUAUAUUGGGAAAAAGAUAGCUUUAGUGUUCCAGUGGGGUGCGAAAUUUUAAAAAUUCUCUGAUGUAAAUUUACCAAAUAAUAAUUGCACAUUUUCAUCAGACA